UAACAAUCUAAAAUACACUGUUUCUCUUCUCUUUCUUUAAAACUUAAAAGCGUCCCUGUUAAUUUGAUUCAAGUUCUCUGAGAGAAUAAGAACAAGGACUCCAUGGAGUGGAAAAGGCUUACGAGUAUGCUUAAGAGGAAGACCAUCAUGACAGGGGCUAUUGGCAUUUUAUUUGUUGCUUCGUUACUUGGUCCAUCAAGUGGAUGUGAUUUUCCGGCCAUUUACAACUUCGGAGAUUCGAACUCUGAUACCGGCAGUGUCUCGGCAGCAUUUGAUCGGCUUCAUUCCCCUUUUGGUGAGACUUUUUUUGGAAGACCUUCUGGUCGGUAUUCUGAUGGGCGUCUGAUAAUCGAUUUUAUAGCUGAGAAAUUGGGAUUGCCAUUCUUGAGUGCAUAUCUAGAUGCAAUAGAAUCAAAUUUCAGACAUGGAGCCAAUUUUGCUUCAAGUGGUUCAACAAUUGAACCUGUAGGAUUUAACCCCUUGUCACUCGAUGUUCAGCUUUUGCAGUUUGAACAACUUAGAGGCCGCACCAACUCGCUAUAUGCUGAAGGUCCAAAUUCAGAGAUUACAGGCCGACUUCCUAAACCAGAGGAGUUUGGCAAGGCCCUUUACACAUUAGAUAGUGGGCAGAAUGAUCUAAAUUAUGGUUUUGCGACUGCCACAGUCGAGCAAGUAAAUGCAUCCACCCCCAAUUUAAUCAAUCAGUUUUCUCAGUACAUAGAGACUCUCUAUCAAGAAGGAGCAAGAGCAUUUUGGAUACAUAAUACCGGUCCAAUUGGUUGUUUGCCUAGUAUUGUUAUACCUUCACCUCCGAAGCCUGAGAAUGCUGAUCCGAUUGGCUGCAUCAAGUCUUACAAUGGGGUAGCUGAGGAAUUCAACAAGCAGCUAAAAGAGAAGGUUUCCCAACUUAGGACAAAACUUCCAGAUGCGAGUCUUGUUUAUGUUGAUAUCUACUCUGCUAAGUAUUCUCUAAUCAGCAAUGCAAAAAAAUAUGGUUUUGUUGGUCCUUUUGAAUACUGUUGCGGGGACUUGAGUGACUAUAAGGUUGCUUGUGGAAGGACAGCUGUGACUUUUGGUCAUUCAGACGGUUGUGAUUUUCCGGCCAUAUUCAACUUCGGUGACUCAAAUUCUGACACCGGUGGCAAGUCAGCUGCAUUUCACCGUAUUCCUUACCCCAAUGGCGAAAAUUUCUUCCACAAGCCAUCUGGGAGAUACUGUGAUGGGAAGCUCAUCAUUGAUUUCAUUGCUGAGAAAUUGGAGCUGCCAUACUUGAGUGCGUAUCUGGAUUCCAUUGGUACAAAUUUUAGACAUGGAGCUAAUUUUGCUACAGGAGGAUCUACAAUUCAGCCAGUUGAUGCCAUAAUAUUCAACCAAGGGUUCAGCCCUAUCUCUCUUGAUAUACAGCUUCUGCAAUUUGAACAAUUUAGAGAACGCACCAAUGAGCUACAUAGAGAAGGUGUGAACUCAAAUAUCAAAAGGGGGAUUCCGAGGCCAGAGGACUUCUCAAAAGCAUUAUACACUUUGGAUAUUGGUCAGAAUGAUCUCACUGGUGCAAUUAAGUUAACGGGAGAAAAACAAGUGCUAGCAUCUAUUCCAGGACUUAUUGAUCAGUUUACCCAAGCUGUUACGCGGCUGUACCAACUAGGAGCAAGGACAUUUUGGAUACAUAAUACAGGUCCUUUUGGCUGUUUACCCCAACAGGUUCUAGAUUAUCCUUCAAAACCUGAAAAUGUGGAUCAAGAUGGUUGCAUAAAAUCCCAGAAUGAGGUGGCUCAAGAAUUUAAUCGGCAGCUCAAGGAGAGGGUAUCCCUACUCAGGGUGCGACUCCAAGAUGCAGCUCUGACAUAUGUUGACAUUUACUCAGCUAAAUAUUCUCUAAUUUCCAAUGCAAUGAAGCAUGGAUUUACUAACCCACUCGGAUAUUGCUGUGGCCAUUAUCUCAAUGACAAGUGCUCGAGGAAGAAAAUAGUGAAUGGCACUGAAAUUCCACGGAGUUCAUGCAGCAACCCUUCAGCCUAUAUUAGUUGGGACGGCGUACAUUAUUCACACGCUGCUAAUCAGUGGGUGGCCAACAAGAUACUUGAUGGCACCCUUUCGGACCCUCUAAUUCCUAUUACUGAGGUGUGUCAAAAGCUACACCAUUUGUGAUCAAAAGCACAAAGCAUGUAACUCAUGUCAUAGUUUUCUGCAACAGAACAAUAACUGACUUCUGUCUGUUUUUGCAUUUUGAUUCAUGGUUUCAUGGUGUUUGGAACAAGAACGGAUUCAAGAGGGUCACUCCCACUGGAUCUUUCAAAGUGAAAAAAAAAAAAAAACCCUUCAAAAUUAUCCGUAAAGGAGAAACUUAGUUACAAUGAAAGUUCAAUGGUGAAAGAAUAGGUGCAAACCAACAACAGCAAAAGUGGCAGUGCAGGCAGGUGCCAUCU